AUGGACGUGUCACACGCCCUCGGCGAGAGCUCCAGCCAGGAGAACACCUCGGAGAAGCAUAUUCACUCAACGCAGCAUGAAACCGACCAUGGAGCGGAGACGGAUCUUCGACGCACCCUGUCGACCCGGCAUAUGACCAUGAUCGCCCUUGGCUCGUCCAUUGGCAUGGGCUUGUGGCUUGGGAGCGGCACAUCCCUCAUGAACGGCGGUCCGGCUGCUCUGUUCAUCGGGUACAUCCUCGCCGGUACGAUGAUCUGGUCUGUCUCCCACGCCAUUGGCGAGAUGGCGGUGCUCUAUCCCCUGCCCAGUGCGUUCGUCCAGUGGAGCAGUAUCUUUAUCAGCAAGGAGCUUGGCUUUGCAGUCGGCUGGGCGUACUGGUUCAGCGCGUUCAUCACCAUUGCGAAUGAGCUUCAGGGCGUCGUCACGGUCUUGAGCUUCUGGACGGAUGCAGUCCCGACGGCUGCAUGGAUCUCGAUCUUCUGGGUGGUGAUCAUCUUUAUCAACGCCUGGGCCGUCAAGUUCUUUGGCGAGGUGGAAGUGGUCUCCUCAACCAUCAAGUUCUCGUGGAUUUUCGUGGUCAUCAUCUCGCUCAUAGUUGUCUCGGCCGGAGGGGCCCCGAACCAUGAAGCCAUUGGCUUUCGGUACUGGAAUGCAGAGCCCUUUACCAACGGCUUCAAAGGCUUCCUCAGCGUGAUGCCAACCUGCAUUUUCGCCAUGUCCGGUUCGGAAAACAGCGCUCUCGUGUCAGCGGAGACCCAGAACCCCCGCAAGUCUGUCCCGCGGGCCGUCGGCUCAAUCUGGUUGCGUUUAUCGCUGUUCUAUCUCCUCGGCUCCCUCGUCGUGACAAUCACCGUCUCCCCUGAAGACCCGAACCUAUUCGGCGCGUCCGGUACCAACGCCUCUCCAUUCGUCAUCGCGUACACCAACGCCGGAAUCCCCGCUCUAGCUCACAUCAUGAACGCCGUCAUCUUCAUCUCCGUCGUCUCCACCGGCUCAAUCUCCGGCUUCGGCGGAUCUCGCCUGCUCAUGGGCCUGAGCCAUCUGCGCAUGGCACCAAAGAUCUUCGGCCGCGCCGACAAGCAAGGCCGCCCCGUCGCCGGCCUCGCAAUCACCCUCCUCCUCGGCGGCGCCCUCGCCUACCUCAACGUCAGCGCCAGCGGCGCCGACGUCUUCUCCUGGUUCUCGAACCUCACCUCCCUCUUCACGCUCUUCGGCUGGGGCUCCAUCUGCGCCUCGCACCUGCGCAUGCGGUACGCGUGGAAGAAGCAGGGCCGGUCCGAGGCCGAUCUCCCCUGGAAAACGUGGACGUACCCGUACGCGUCGUGGUGGGGUCUGACCUGGUGCAUUCUGCUCAUCAUCGCGGAGUUCUAUCUGAGUGUUUGGCCGCUGCAUACCGAGCCGAAUGUGAAGGAUUUCUUUGCGAAUUAUGUGAGUAUUAUUGUGGUGCUUGUUGUUUAUCUUGGGGCGAGGGUGUGGUAUCGGGGCCCGUGGUGGGUUGAUGCGGAGGCUAUUGAUCUGGAUGGGCCCAGGAGGUUCUAUGCGCCGGAUGAUCUGGAGGGGAAGAAGCCGAAUGUCUUUGAGAAGUCGGUGGGGUGGGUGUUUAACUAG